UAUUCUAUUUAUUAAUUAAUGUUUUAUCAAAUAUAUAAUUCGUAAUCAUUCAAGCUGUAAUUAUAUAAUUAAAUUCAGUGACGAUAAAAGUGCAACUAUGGAAAACAAUAUUGAAACCGAAGACACUACAAAACGACUCCUGUGUCGUUUCAUAUCAGAAAAUGGUGAAAUAGCUGGUGAAUCGAUAGAUUUGCCCCUGAAUUGCACCGUACACCAAUUAGCCCUGAUAUGCAACGCAAUACUACAGCAAACCGACCAAGUACCAUUCAAAUUUUUUGUAAACGAAAACGAAAUUACCUCAAAUUUGCAAGAAACUUUAAAACUUACACAAAUCAACACUGAAGGUGUUACUGACAUAGUGUACCAACAUCAAGCUGUAUUUAAAGUACGUCCAGUGACAAGAUGUACAGCUUCGAUGCCUGGUCAUGCUGAAGCUGUAAUAAGUGUAAGUUUUUCACCAGAUGGAAAACAUUUAGCUAGUGGUUCAGGCGAUACGACUGUACGUUUUUGGGACAUCGACACACAAUCACCAUUGUACACUUGCCAAGGGCAUAAAAAUUGGGUCUUAUGUAUUGCUUGGGCUCCUGACAGUAGUAAACUUGUUUCAGGUUGUAAAAAUGGCAAUAUCAUAAUAUGGGAUCCAGAAACAGGCAAGCAACUAGGCAAAACCUUGUCUGGGCACAAACAAUGGAUUACUUCAUUAAGUUGGGAGCCUUACCAUCAAAAUCCUGAUUGUAGGCUAUUUGCUAGCGCCUCAAAGGAUACUGACAUAAAAAUAUGGGACUCCGUACUGUGUCAAUGUGUGUUGACUAUAGCGGGACAUAUGAAGAGUGUUACAAUGAUCAAAUGGGGUGGCCAAGGGUUGAUUUAUUCAGCCUCACAAGAUAGAACAGUAAAAGUGUGGAGAGCCAGUGAUGGUAUUUUGUGUAGAACCUUGGAAGGACACGGCCAUUGGGUGAAUACGCUUGCACUGAACACUGAUUAUAUUUUACGAAUUGGAGCCUUCGAUCCUGUUAAAGACUCAAAUAAAGGCACCAAUGACAAAAAAAAAUCUCAAGAAUUUGCUUUGCAGAGGUUUAAAGGUGUAUCGGAGCCUAUAGGAGAACGACUAGUGUCUGGUUCUGAUGAUUUUACUUUAUUCUUAUGGGACCCCUCAAAAGACAAAAAGCCUCUAGCACGCCUCACGGGCCAUCAACAACUAGUAAACGAUGUUAAAUUCUCCCCAGAUGGACGCAUUUUGGCUUCAGCUUCAUUUGAUAAAUCGAUAAAGCUGUGGGAUGCCAAGACUGGUAAAUUUAUGCAUACUCUGCGUGGGCACGUCCAGGCGGUGUAUAUGGUGGCUUUCAGCGCAGAUUCACGUCUAAUGGUCAGUGGAAGCUCAGAUUCUACCAUAAAAUUGUGGAAUUUGCAGACUGGAAAAUUGGAAAUCGAUUUACCUGGGCACGCCGAUGAGGUUUAUGCUGUCGACUGGAGCACGGAUGGUUUAAAAGUUGUGUCGGGCGGGAAGGAUAAGGUUUUGAGGCUUUGGCAGAACUGAGGAUGUUUUUAUUUGAAUAAAAAAAUUGAUUUUAAACAAAAAAAAAAAAAAAAUAUACAUUUCUACAUUUAAUUUUUGUAAACAAUAAUUAAAUUUAUUUAAUCAGUCGAAGGGAGAGAGCACAGUUUGAUAACUGGCCUUUUAUAUUGCCCAAUCGCUGUUUUAAUACUAGAAACACGUACUUGGUUGUCGUUUCCAGGCUGCAGCUCAACAAUUCUACCCAACGGCCAUUUCAGCGGUGGAACAUUAUCUUUACUAAUGAGAACGAAAUCGUUCAAUUUAACUUCAGAACUUCAGCACUUUUGCCGUUGCUGUAACGUAUUGACAUACUCUUUGAAAUAACGUUUACAAUAGUUAUUUAUAUAACAAGUACAGGGUAUUUGAUUAUAUUUGGC